UUUAUACAGAGUGCAGGAGAGAGAACAAAUAGAACGAUGGAAGAAAGAAUCUUUUGAGCUCCCUCUCUCUCUCUCUCACUGGUCUCACUGUCAGAAACUCGAAAAAUUUUUGAACGCUGCUACCGCUUAGAAGGAGGGGUUACACCUUAGGAAAUGGCAUCAAGAUCGUAUUCCAAUCUCUUGGACCUUGCUUCGGGCGGCUCUCCUACAAUUUCCCGUGAGAAGAAAAGGUUUCCACGAGUGGCAACUGUUCCAGGCGUCUUGUCUGAACUAGACAAUGAGAUCGGCAACGGUGCGGAUUCUGAUGCUCCGUCAUCUGUCUUGCAAGAACGGUUGAUCAUCGUUGGGAACCAGCUUCCCAUUAAAGCUCAGCAGAACUCUGAUGGUAAAUGGAAUUUCAGCUGGGAUAACAACUCUCUUCUUGUACAAUUGAAAGAUGGUGUUCGUGAAGACGUGGAAGUUAUCUACAUUGGUUGUCUUAAAGCAGAGAUUGAGCCGAUUGAUCAAGACGAUGUGGCUCAGAGGCUGCUUGAAAAUUUCAAAUGUGUUCCUGCCUAUGUCCCUCCUGAUCUCUUUGCCAAGUACUAUCACGGGUUCUGUAAGCAGAGCUUGUGGCCUUUGUUUCAUUACAUGCUUCCUAUAGUGCCCGAUUAUGGUAUCAAGUUUGAUCGUUCGUUAUGGCAAGCUUAUGUCUCUGUGAACAAGAUAUUUGCAGACAAAGUCAUGGAGGUGAUUAGUCCAGAUGAUGACUAUGUCUGGGUCCAUGAUUACCAUUUGAUGGUUUUGCCCACUUUUCUAAGGAAGAGGUUUAAUAGGGUCAAGCUGGGGUAUUUCCUUCAUAGCCCGUUUCCUUCAUCUGAGGUUUUUCGUGCCCUUCCCGUGAGGAUUGAGAUAUUACGAGCACUUCUCAACUCGGACCUGAUCGGGUUUCACAUCUUUGACUAUGCAAGGCAUUUCCUUUCUUGCUGCACCAGGAUGCUCGGUUUGUCCUAUCAGUCCAAACGAGGUACCCUCGGGCUUGAGUAUUAUGGUCGAGUAGUCAGCAUAAAGAUUAUGGCUGUUGGGAUUCAUAUUGGUCAGCUUCAGUCGGUAUUGAAUCUUCCAGAGACCCAGAGCAUGGUUGCGCAGCUUCGAGAUCAGUUCCAGGGUCGACAAGUCAUGCUCGGAGUGGAUGACAUGGACGUUUUCAAAGGAAUUAGCCUGAAACUCUUGGCAAUGGAGCAGCUCCUCACCCAACAUCCCAAUAAGAGGGGUAGAGUUGUAUUGGUCCAGAUUGCAAACCCUGCAAGAAGCCGUGGGAGAAACAUACAAUGUGUUCAGUCCGAAACUUUCGCCGCAGUUAAAAAGAUCAAUGACAUGUUUGGAAGGCCAGGGUACGAGCCUGUGGUUCUAGUGUACAAGCCACUCAAGUUCUUUGAACGGAUUGCUUAUUACGUUAUUGCAGAGUGCUGCCUCGUCACAGCGCUGAGAGACGGUAUGAAUCUUAUACCUUAUGAGUAUGUUACAUGUAGGCAAAGCACCCAAAUGCUGGAUGAAAUCUUAGGCCUAAACCCAUCAACAGCAAAGAAGAGCAUGCUCGUAGUAUCGGAGUUCAUGGGGUGUUCUCCUUCCCUGAGUGGUGCAGUUCGAGUGAAUCCAUGGAGUAUUGAUUCUGUAACUGAAGCCAUGGAGUAUACCCUAACAGCUUCAGAAGCAGAGAAACAGCUCCGUCAUGAGAGGCAUUACAGAUUCGUUAGCACUCAUGACGUUGCUUACUGGGCACGCAGCUUUUUGCAGGAUCUCGAAAGUGCUUGUGCUGAUCACACGAGGAAAAAGUGCUGGGGAAUAGGGUUUGGUUUAGGGUUUCGGGUUAUUGCCCUUGACCCUAGUUUUAGAAAGCUUUCGGUUGAGCACAUUGUCUCAGCUUACAAGAGAACCAAGAGCCGAGCUAUUCUUGUGGAUUAUGACGGCACAAUGGUGGAGGCAGGGUCCAUCGAUUCGAAGCCAAGCCGACAGACAAUUGAGACAUUGAACAGUCUGUGCAGAGAUCCCAAGAACAUCGUGUUCCUUGUCAGCGGAGAAGACAGAACCACACUGACGGAAUGGUUCUCGGAUUGUGAUGGCCUCGGCUUGGCAGCAGAGCACGGUUACUUUAUACGGCCAAAUCAAGAAGCAGAGUGGGAAAGGACAAUAUCGGUGCCAAAUUUUGAAUGGAAGCAGAUUGCAGAGCCGGUGGUGAGAGAGUACAAGAGGAUGACAGAUGGGUCAGGGAUAGAGAGCAGAGAAAGCACUCUCGUCUGGGACUACCGAUUCGCAGAUCCUGAUCUGGGGCCAUCACAAGCCAAAGAGCUUAUGAAACACCUCACGGGCUUGCUUGCAAAAGAUGGUGUCUCCAUCAAGAACAGCCGACAAACAGUGGAAGUUAGACCAAAGGGAGUGAACAAAGGGUUGGUGGCGGAGAGGCUUUUGGCAGCAAUGCAGGAGAGAGGGGAGACGGUGGACUUUGUUCUGUGCAUAGGAGACGACAGCUCGGACGAGGAGAUGUUUGAGGUAAUAACGGCAGGGAAGGAUGGCCACUCCUUGUCGGAUGCGGCUGAGAUAUUCGCAUGCACCGUCGGACAGAAGCCCACCUCCGCCACCUUUUACUUGGACGACUCCUUCGACAUCCCCAAGAUCUUCCAUGCCCUCGCUUCCUCCUCCAACCAAGAUUCCGCCUCCUAGAUUUGCCAUCCAUCUCUCUCUCUCUCUCUCUCUCUCUCUCUCUCUAUAUAUAUAUAUAUAUAUAUAUAUAUAUAUAUAUGCGUGUGUGUGUGUGUGUAAUGUAGGGUUUGUGAACCAUCCAAUAAUUUUGGGACUUGGCCAAAGACUUAUAUGUAUCGGGUUAGUUAAUAUAGAAGUAAUUAACAAUUUGUGGA